GUAAAAAGAGAAGAAUUGAGACAUUGCACAACCUAGAGAAAAAGAUUUCUACCAAAUUUUGUUUAUUUUCAACAAAACCACAUGUGACUUUUUAGAAAUAAGACGUCUAUCCAUCGAUUGUAGGAUAGCUUGUGUGUAUAAGUGUUUGUGUAAAGUCGGUUUUAUCAAAAUUAUUUAGGCCAUACGGUGAUCUGAAAGAGGAAAUCGUUCCGUGAAGAAGGUAGCCUACCAAAAGAGACGAAAGUUUGACAAAAGUCAAUUAAUUUAACCAGAAGUCGCCAAAAAAGACUAUCAAAAUGGCGUCAAAUGGAACCGAAGGUGAAACCAGUGCCGACAGAAAUGUCGAAAUGUGGAAGAUAAAGAAACUCAUAAAGAGUUUAGAAGCAGCUAGAGGAAAUGGAACGAGCAUGAUAUCUCUGAUCAUUCCACCAAAAGAUCAAGUUUCACGUGUAAAUAAAAUGUUGGCUGAUGAAUAUGGUACAGCAUCAAAUAUCAAAAGUCGUGUCAAUAGACUCUCUGUGUUAGGAGCUAUCACCUCUGUACAACAAAGACUCAAAUUAUACAAUAAAGUUCCUCCCAAUGGUUUAGUUAUAUAUUGUGGUACAAUUAUAACAGAAGAGGGCAAAGAAAAAAAAGUCAACAUAGAUUUUGAACCUUUCCGCCCUAUCAACACCUCAUUAUAUUUAUGUGACAAUAAAUUCCAUACAGAGGCCUUGACUGCAUUAUUAGCUGAUGAUAAUAAAUUUGGUUUCAUUAUUAUGGAUGGUAAUGGUGCUCUUUUUGGAACAUUAUCAGGAAAUACGAGAGAAAUCCUCCAUAAAUUUACUGUUGAUUUACCAAAGAAACACGGUAGAGGAGGUCAGUCGGCAUUGCGUUUUGCCCGAUUGAGAAUGGAAAAACGUCACAACUAUGUACGUAAAGUAGCUGAAGUUGCUGUCCAAUUAUUUAUUACCAAUGAUAAACCUAAUGUAGCUGGAUUAGUAUUAGCUGGUUCUGCUGAUUUUAAAACUGAACUUAGUCAAUCUGAUAUGUUCGAUCAGAGAUUACAAGCUAAGAUAUUGAAAAUAGUAGAUGUAUCAUAUGGUGGUGAAAAUGGUUUUAAUCAGGCUAUAGAAUUAGCAGCUGAUUCAUUAGCUAAUGUCAAAUUUAUACAAGAAAAAAAAUUAAUCGGUCGAUAUUUUGAUGAAAUAUCUCAAGAUACAGGAAAGUAUUGUUUUGGUGUAGAAGAUACAUUAAGAGCUCUAGAAAUGGGAGCUGUUGAUACCCUUAUUGUAUGGGAAAAUCUUAGUAUUACUAGAUUUGUGGUUCGUGAUCACUCAACAGAAGAAAAUCGUAUUUUAUUUUUACAACCUGAUCAAGAAUCUGAUAAAACCAAUUUCACAGACAAAGACACGGGUGUUGAAAUGGAAAUGGUUGAACAAGUAUCCCUAUUAGAAUGGUUUGCUAAUAAUUAUAAAAACUUUGGUGCCACAUUAGAAAUUAUUACAGAUAAAUCCCAAGAAGGUGCCCAAUUUGUGAGAGGAUUUGGUGGAAUUGGAGGUAUAUUACGGUACCAAGUAGAUUUCCAGAUGUUUCAUCCAGACUUGCAGGAAUAUGAUGAUUUUGAUAUAGAUGAUUAUUAAAUAAUUAGCACCAAUACAAACUUAAUACUUUAUGGUACAUUUGGGUAGUGGACUGGAUUAAAUGAUAAUAAUAGUCUCUUACUUUUAACUCCCUUGAGUCAACUCAAUAUAUGAAACAGUCCAGAAUGGACAUGUUGACCAAGGGAAUUUGUCAUUGACUUUGAUGCUGACAAAAAUAUUUUUUGAAACUUCAUGGAUUGUCCUCAGCAGCUGAAAAACAAAUUUAUCAGCUUUUAAUCAAUAUGAUUUUGUCAUUUUGCUGCAGAUUGCAAUCCAAAUGUACUAUACUUAAAGCCAAUCUUUAUUUGCUGUUUCUUACAAUUACAGUUUUAAGUUAUUAUUAUCAAAGGUUAAAAUGUUAAUAUGUGUUGAAAAAAAAUCAAAUUUGUGAUCUUAAUAUAAGCUUUUGACCAGUUUUCUAUUCAGAACCAUGUUAUUAAAGGCUUAAUCUCAGCCUUCAUAUUGACAAAAGCUCUAAAGCUGUCAACUCGUAUCAUAGAAGAACGUCAUUCCCAAUAUUCCUGGUAGCGGCUUUGGAUAUAUCUAUGAAUUAAAUUUCCAAUAUUUUGAAAGUAAGCUUACCCUGUAAUCUGGAGCAUUCAAUCAAUUGUUGUGCCAGUAUCAGAUACUACUAAACUGUUAACCGAUCUCUUCGUUAAAUUUAUUUGUGAAAAUAAUCAAAUUAUAUUGUGAUACUGGUUUGGGGCAUUGAAAGAAUCAGAGAACACUACACACUUUGCAUGAAUCAGAGGCUGACAAUCUAGUUGCGAUUUAACUGCUAUUGGAAAUAACUGACAUUUUUAUUCCAAAUAAAUGAGAUUGACAAUACAAAUCUAAGUCACAAGUCUUAACCUCUUAGAAUGGACAUCAAAUUUGAAGUAUCUUACUUGGUCAAUAAGUGUAUAUAUUCUUUAAGUGAACUUACAGAGUGCCAUGACUAAGAAUUGAAUCUCUAUUUAAAAUGAUAUAUCCAUUAAACUAAAUAAUUAUUACUUAGGUUCAUAGAUUUAUUGGAUUAUAGAGGGAUUCUGUUGUAUAGUUAUGACACCAGGUAAAUCCACUGAUAAACAUUCAUUUUCGCCAAGGUUGAAAAUUUCAAUUUUUUUUGUCAUCCUAAGAAGGUAGUAUUUGUAAAAACUCAACUAACAGUGAUGUGAGACUAUAUUAAUGUAUUUAUUGGAAUCAGAUUUUGUAGUGUAUCAUAAUGGUAUGGUAUACUCUGGCAAUUUAAAUCACUUGUAAUGAAAUUAAUCCAUUUUUUUUCUGAAUUAUGUUACUUGCAUCAUUGAAAAAGCAUUGAUAUUUAUUUUGUUGACGAAUUAAGAUAUAAAAGGUUCUUUGUCUUUUACAAAUUGAUGACGCAUUGUUUUUCUCUUCUUUUUUUGUCUGAGGAGUUGAUUUCUUGAAAUGUUACUUGCAAGAUCCCAGAUGAGUUGUAGAUUUAUAAUUAUUUAUUUGUUCAAUAUCACUUAGUAAAAUUUUAGUUUUGGACCAAUCUGAUAAUUAAUCCAAUAUGAAUAAUUCUACUUUCCCUAUGCUCACUGAAGGAAAAAAAAAACAUUUGCCUGGAAAAUAAAUCCAAAAUAAAGAAUAUAGUGAUAGUGCUCAGAAACAUGCAUAUGAUAGGAAACCUUCUUUGACCUCAUUGUUAUGUUUGAAGUGAUUCAAAAAUGGUCUUCUAUGUCUUUUAGAUGACUAAAUUAGGGAAUUAGCAAAAAAAUAUGUAAAUGACAAGAUGAUUGAUAUAAUUAUAUAAUUCAUGAUGUAAUUUAUAGAAUAUAUAUGCAAAAAGGUACUGUAAGGGAUUGUAAAGAGGUUUUCUAAAUUUUGUAUGUGUAUGAGUGAUACUGAUAGCAUCAAUUUGCACCAUUCCAAUUUGCAAUCAAUUUCCUGCAAUUCCACAAAAAAUAAGUGUUUGAUGAUGUCACUAAUCACGAAAUAAGCUUUAUCACAUAAGGUCUUUUGCAAUGAGUGACAUCAUCAAACAUUUGGUUUUAGAGAAAUAACAGAAUGGCCCUAAUUGAUGAAGUUCCCUGAUAAACAUAUAAAAUUUAUAAAACCGUUUUACAAUCUCUUUAACUUUUAUAAAGGAAUUGUUUUGAUCAUGGCUGUGUCUAUUUGUCACGUUUUGAUGCACAAUAGAAAGCAGUAUUUGCAUCUUAGUCAGUUAAAUGUGACUGCUUAUUGAUACAGGCAUUUCCUGACAAAACAAUACUAAUCCUUUACCUGAACAUUUCUGUCUAAAAGAGCAUAUAUUUAUUGAAACCCAAGGGUUCAUUUUAACCAAUUCUAUUGU